AUGGGGCAAUGCAGCACCAACUUGGACACCCACAACUCGUACGACAAGAGUUCCCUGCUGUCGGGCACCCUGAAGACUUUUCAGAAGUUUGCUUGCGACGGUCAGGAGCUGCAGCUGCGCUGCUUUCGCAACACGAGCAUCUCAAUCUCGGUGGCCCAGUACGGCCGCUCGGUGCCCUAUCACAUGCUGUGCCCGCCGCCGUCGCACGAGGAAGGGGGCGCUACGAGCGCCAGGCGGGAGCAAGAGUACAACGGAAGCGUCGAGUGCAUCGCCAAGGAGGCACUCAAGGUGGUGGAGGCUGCGUGUCGAGAGAAACGAGAGUGCAUGGUGAAGACUGAUGUCAAGUCCUUUAUGGUUGACCCUUGCCCUGGGGUGUACAAGUACGCCGAGGUCGCCUACAAGUGCAGACCCACCACGUUCUCCAACAGGAUAGUGUGCGAGAACGGCGUGCUCAACCUGCGUUGCCACAAGAAUCUGCGCAUUGUGGUAUACUCGGCAAACUUCGGAGGAACCGAGAAGGGUGUGCCCGAGUGCCCACAGCGGCAGGACGUCAAGCUGUCCGUGUGCCAGGUGAGUUACGCGACCGAGACGGUACUCACGUCGUGUCACGGGAGGCGCAGAUGCACGGUGGCGGCCACCAUGGGCACCUUCGGCAACCCCGGCUGCCACAAGGACUCGCGGCUCUACCUCAAGGUUGUCUACACCUGCGCGCCGAAGGAAAUCCUGAAGGAGCUCGAUAUUGGCGGCACGGAUUCGCCCAAGGACAGGAUGGAUGAGGAGGAAGAAGGAUAUGUGGAAGAGGCGGGCUAUCAGCCAUCUUCCUCCAGUCCAGAAGGUGGGCCGAACACACCUGCCAAGUCCCUACCGGCUGGGCCGAUGGACCAAAACUUGGUGCCGGAGCCGUCGAACAGAAAGAUUGACAUGCUGAGGGACAGGACCGCGGAGGACGACAAACACGUCAACUGCACCUUGAAUGGCAGCGGACACCGGGCGAUCGGCUUCAUCACGGAAUGGGUGGCCGCUUACAAGUUCGUAAAAGCGAACAAGGAGAAGUUUAUCCUCUACGUGUUGCUCAGUUUGGGCUUCGGCGUCGUCGCCUUCCUGGCGGUGCUGUCGGCUCGCCUGUACGCACAGGGACGUCGCGAAGAACCGCACGAGCCCGAGACGAAGUUGUCAGAGCCGCUGUCGGGCUCUUUCGACGAUUGCGACGGCGGUGGAGUGGGAGUGGACCAAGUGGACACCUCCACCGGGUGCUCGGUGACGAGGCACGCGCACACCAUCGAAGUCGUGCGCUACGCCAGCAGGCCCGGCAUAAGUCACCACGACAGCGAUACUUAUCCGAGGGCACCCGUUACGAGGUCGACGACUAGCUACUACUACAGCUAG